AUGAGUUGGUUAAGUAUAUAUGAAAAUUCUACGGAAUUAUAUAAUGAUGCUAUACUUCGUUGGCCAUGUAAUAAAGAACAACCACCUGGUAAAUGGAUAUUAGCAUCAUAUGAUGAUGAAUCAAUUAUAGUUUAUCAAGCAUAUAAUGCAGAAAUUGCAAAAUUUGCUUGUGAAAAUAAUUGUUUCAUAGGAUGUCCUGGUUAUAGUCAAGAUCGUAUGACAUGGAUUAAAACAAAUUUUCUCUGGAUGAUGUAUCGAUCACAAUGGUCUACAUCAUCAAAUCAACAAUGUAUUUUAGCAAUAUGGCUACGACGUUCAGCAUUUGACAGUUAUUUAGCCGAAGCUGUACAUAGUUCUGAGAAAGUUCCUUCUGAAAAUGUUGAAAUACCUUCUGAAAAUAAAAGUCGUCCAAGAUUAAUUCGUCUACAAUGGGAUCCUGAUCAUACUCCACAUGGUACAUCAGUUUCUGGUCGUCGAGCCAUUCAAUUAGGUCUGAAGAAAAUUGAUAGUUUUCUUGAUGGUCGUGAUAUAAUACGUAUCGUGGAUAUAACUUCAUUCGUUCAAACUCAAUAUAAUAAUGCUGUUUUACCAAACGAUCAACUCGAUCAACUUCGUGUUCCUAUUGAACGUAUCUAUGUACCACAAGAUGAACAAACUCGUCUUCACAUACAAUUAGAUUCAAGGACGAAAGAAGAAGAAUAA